GAAACCCAUAAACAGACAAACGCACCAACAAUUUUUCAACUCUCACUCACUCUUUCUUUCCUUCUUUCUCACAUCACAUCUCAUCUCUCAAAAUAUAUUUCAAGUCAAAAAACCCCCCUCUCUCUCUUUCUCUCUCCUCUGCUUUUUCUUCCUCCUCUCCUCACUUUCCUCGUUUUCUUUUUCUUUUCAUUACACUAUCUUUUUUCACUUCUUUUUAAAUUUGUUUUCUUCCUCUUACUAUGCUCUUCUUCCCUCCCUCCUCCCUCCCCUUUCUAACUUUGGGGCUGGGUUCUACUGAACCGGAAAAUUGUUUCUAAAUACUUCAAAUGUGAUGGGAAGUGGAGUCUCGAGCCUGUGUUCUUGCUUAGAACCGGUUCACCGGACCAAACGAACCCAACAAAAAGACGAUUUAUUCACUGCAACUGAACCCUUGGAUGAAACCCUAGGUCAUUCUUUCUGUUACGUUAGAUCUUCAGCUCGUUUUCUCUCUCCUUCUCACUCCGAUCGCUUUCUCUCACCUUCUACUUCUCUUCGUUUCUCACCUACCCAUGAAUCUCUUCCUAAAACCCGACCCGAUUUUCCCGAAACUUCUUUUAAGGCCAUUUCUGGUGCUUCUGUUAGUGCCAAUAGUUCGGUUCCGAAAGCGGUUAUUCAGUUGGAGGAAGAAUCCUCCGCUGCGGUUGAUUCUGGUGGCGGUGUUGGUAAGGGUAUAGUUGUCAAUGGCUUUGAGAGUACGUCGUCGUUUUGUGCUCUUCCGCUUCAGCCUGUUCCGAGAGGUGGUGAGCUUUUCGAGGGGAGUGGUUUUUUUCUCUCCGGUCCGAUUGAGAGCGGCGCGCACUCUGGACCGAUUAACGCAGGUUCUGCGGCUGAUUCGGGUGUUUCCGGUGGAAGGGAUGUUCCUUUCUCGGCGCCGUUAGGGGGGAUGUAUGGGAGGAAGAGAGGUGUAUCGGGGUUUAGGAAGGCGUUUCAACGGAAGGUGUCGGAGAAGAAGCGGCCGUGGGUGGUGCCGGUGUUGAACUUUGUUGGGAGGAAGGAGGUUUCGGGGAGUGAAGGGAAGGGGAAGCCUGUUGAGGCAAAGAGUGAGAGCAAUGUGCAGUGGGCUCUAGGGAAAGCGGGAGAGGAUCGGGUUCAUGUGGUGGUUUCGGAGGAGCAAGGGUGGUUGUUCGUUGGGAUUUAUGAUGGUUUCAAUGGUCCUGAUGCGCCGGAGUUUUUGAUGGGUCAUAUGUACCGUGCUGUUCACAAUGAGCUUCAGGGUUUGUUUUGGGAAGUUGAAGAACCGAUAGAGAAUCAUAGUUCUGUUGAGGUGAAAAACAAACCGGAGGGAGAAAAUUCAAGUGCUGGUUUGGUACAAAGGACUGAAACUGCUCCUGUGGCAGGGACGGAGAGUAAACGGCGUAGGCUGUGGGAAUUUCUGGCUGAAGACCCUGAAGAUGGACUUGAUCUUUCUGGGUCUGAUAGGUUUGCAUUUUCUGUUGACGAUGCACUUAGUGUUAGUAAUAAUACCAAUGCAGGUUCUGCCAGUAGUAGACGGUGGCUGUUGCUGUCCAAACUCAAGAAUGGUUUGUCUUCUAAGCAAAAAGAGGGUAAUGGUAGGAAGUUGUUGCCGUGGAAUUUAGGGAAUGAGGAAGAGAAGGGAGAAAAGACUGAGGUGGAAAACAAGCCUUCUGCGUCUGGCAUUGAUGGUGGGAGAAGACGGAAGUUGGGUCCAGUUGAUCAUGAUUUGGUUUUGAAUGCAAUGUCCCGGGCGCUACAAGUGACAGAGCUUGCAUAUUUGGAUAUGACCGAUAAGCUUCUGGAUACAAAUCCUGAACUUGCUCUGAUGGGUUCUUGUCUGUUGGUUGCUUUGAUGAGGGAUGAGGAUGUGUAUGUGAUGAAUGUUGGGGAUAGUCGUGCAAUUGUUGCACAUUAUGAGCCCAAGGAGGUUCAGGAUACUUCCAAUGUGGAAUCUGCAAGCAAGGGAGGAGAUGUUGGUGUUGGUUCGAGCACCGAGAGCAUAGUUGAGGAGUCCUUUGCUAUAGAUGGUACUCAAACUGAAGGUGCAAUCAAUUUGGGGAAUCAGGAUCCUGCUCAAGAAAUGAGGUUGGCAGCAUUGCAGCUGUCUACUGACCACAGCACCAGCAUUGAAGAAGAAAUCAUUAGAAUUAAGAAUGAGCAUCCUGAUGAUCCCCAUUGCAUAGUCAAUGAUAGAGUUAAAGGCCGUCUUAAGGUCACCAGAGCAUUUGGGGCUGGAUCUUUGAAACUGCCAAAGUUGAAUGCUGCAGUACUGGAAAUGUUUCGUAAUGAUUAUAUUGGCACUGCUCCAUACAUAUCAUGCAUCCCUUCACUACGGCACCAUAGAUUAUGCCCAAAGGAUCAGUUCUUGAUCCUCUCAUCUGAUGGUUUGUAUCAAUAUCUAAACAAUGACGAAGUUGUUUCUCAAGUUGAGAGCUUUAUGGAAAAGUUUCCAGAAGGAGACCCUGCCCAGCAUUUAAUAGAAGAGCUGCUCCUCCGUGCAGCCAAGAAGGCUGGAAUGGAUUUUCAUGAGUUGCUGGAUAUUCCGCAAGGAGAUCGGAGGAAGUAUCACGAUGACGUUACUGUUAUGGUGAUAUCACUUGAAGGAAGAAUAUGGAAAUCGUCAGGGAAAUAUCUGUGAGGCCUUCAAAUUUCUGUUGGCUCUAUACAUGUGAUGCCAUUUUUUCACCUAAGAUUCCCCUGAAGCUGAUCCAUUUUUCAUGGAUAUGGGUUUUUGGUCUUGCAACAAAAUAAAGUUAUCACUGAGGAAUCUCAGAUUUUAAUUGCAAGAGGCGACAGUUGCAACUCAAAUGCAAUUUGUUAUGGAAGAAUGGACAUCGCAGACAAGCUUUUGGAAAUUUUCUUUAGGAGUGGGAAAAAAAGAAAGUGCAGCCUUUGAAACUGUUUCCUUUUCCAUUCGCCAUUUCUGCACCCCUCCCUCUUUUUUUGCAGUUAUAGAGAUGAAAAAUGAUAGAAAUUUUGCACAGCGAAGGUCCUUUCUAUUUAUUUUUAUUUUUUCUUUCUUUCUUUGGCAGAGCCAAGUAAAAUGUUGGUGUAAAUUGGUGGGGAUACAAGUGUACUGAUUGAACUCGAGCAGUCCUAUAGGCAGAAAUGACAAUCUGUAGCCGGUGGUGGAUUUUCACCAUAACUAAUUAACAUGAUUCCAAGUUA